AUGUCCGGCCCGGAGGCCGCGGGCAGCCCCGGAGCCCGCACCAGCGACUGGUACCGCACCAGCUCCGGCCUGCCCGGCCGCUUCCAGCAGCCCUCCUGCUUCCAGGGAUACGGGCAGCCCGAGCCUCACCCCCUGUACCGGACCUCCAACGGCGAGUACGGCAGCAGAGCCCCCACGGUGCAUGAGGUGCCGACCUCCUUUCACGUCACCUCCCACGCCUUCACGGACACCCUGGCACAGUGUGGCAUGUACCGGGACAACGGACUCAACACCUGCCUGGAGAAGAGCCGAGUCACCGGCACAGCCAACUUCAUCACCACCUCUGACCACCUCAACUUCCACCCCAGCUACAGCCCCCAUGGCCCAUCCUUCUGUUAG